GUGUCUUCCUCCCUCUCUCCUCUUCUCUUUCCCUAUCCCAUCCCUCUCUAAGCACUCUCUCAUUUUUCUCCCCCGGCUCUCCUUUCCCUUUCCCUGUCUCUGUCCACUCUUUUCUGUUCCCCUUUCUCCCCCUCCCUUCUUCAUCCAAACAUGCGGCUGAAAUUUGGCUGCUUCUCUGCCUCGAAAUUUUCCUCAGACGGCGUCCCCGACUCGCUCUCGCACCUCACGUCGCAGAUGCCGUCACCACCGCCACGGCCUCCGUCGAUUGCUUCCUCGACGCGCAGCAGCUCCAAGAGGUCCUCGCUCGCAUCGACGUCGGCCAGGCAGUCGAAGCACCUCUCAGCAGGAGAGGCAGACUUUGUCGUCACCCAGAGCAGCGCCCCGCCAACGCCAAGCAUCUCGAAUCUCUAUGCAGGUUACUUUCCCAGCUCCAACUCCUCGGGCGUUGGCGGCGGCCUGACAAGCCCUUCGCUCGGCGAAGAGAUGGCCUAUUCGGCAGCCCAUUCGCCCGAGAUGCCAAACGCCGGCGCCAAUGGCUCUCCCUGGCUGCACGACGAAGCCCCUCAUUCGCCACGUACCGAUCAGGUUCCAACUCGAAGGUCUGGACGGUCGAGCUCGGCAUCGAAGCGAAAGAGCCGGCGUGUCUCGGUGCAGCGCGAUCGCGAGCGCGAAGGGCCCAGCAUCGUGAUCCGCGCUCGCUCUCCAGAGCCGGGCUCACAAAGUCCGUUGGGGCAGAGAUCCAUCUCAAGGGAGGGCUCCUUGAACGGCAUGGCACCCAUGCUCCGCCUCGAAUCUUCCUCGAUCAGCUCGCAGCUCAUGUCUCUCGCUCGGGACGCGCCUAAACCCGGUGAUGACCAUCAGGCGCCGUUGUUCUCUGGAGCCAAGGUUGACCGCCAUCCCAGUAGCAAACAACAGGCCCCACCGGCCACGAUCUCGCCUCCGAAGACAUAUCGUCAAUACGUCUACGGUUUUUUCAAGGAUCUGAUCAAGACGUGGGCAAUCCUCUUUUACGGCGUUCUCUGGCCGCUGGGCAAGGCACUCCUGUCGAUGCUUCUGCCCUUUGGACAAUCUGAUCGUGCAUCAGCAGACGACACAGUCACCGCUGCCUCCGAAUCAAAGGCUAUGAAGGAAAGGGACGAAGAGGAUAACUCGUUCGCCGAACGAUUCAAAUACCUCGUCUGCACUAGCUUCCUCCUGACCAGCUCAUUAUCCAUCUCGUCGUAUGGCGCUGAAGAUGUGAGGCCUGCUGCAGAGGAACCUGGCACAAAGAAGGGCCAAACCGAACUUCCGAAAACGGUGGCUUGGCCGCGAGAAGCAUCAUGUGCUAUUGCUUCGGACCUCGUCGAGCCAUCAUCCUCAAGCCUCGUCACUUCCAAGAAAUCGCCGUUGCCUCACCUCACCAAGCGCGGCACCACCGUCGUCAACGCUACCAUUCUGGCCCUUGCCUUCUUUGCCCUUCGUGCCCGUUCCUUUGACGCAUGGUGUCGGGCUGCUGUCUCGAUGUUGAGCCUGACGUGGGCUACCAUCAUCGCCUUCGACAUGCAUGCGGAUGUCACCGUCAUCGGCUUUGACGUUUCACACAAGUCCGAAGGAGGGAGCCAUCUGCGGUUGUACGACGAGCAAUGCAGGGAUCACUCCGAAGACCGGCACUUGCCUCGCGCAGUGCGCGACCGCAUCAAGGGACGCUCCUGUAGGCACGUUUCGACCCUCAUCCAUCAGGCGCAGUCGUUCGACGUCGAGUGCAACAAGGCAAUCGCUGCCAUCCAGGAGGUCGAGCUCGUUGCACGCGGGUACAAGUUGACCCACCCACUGCCGCCCAUUUCCCGCAUUGAGGCUUCUAAUUCGAGCGCUUUUAACUCGCCGUUGCGGAAUCGACAGUCACCGUGGGCAUCACCUUCACAGAGCACCCCUCUAAGCAAUGCUCGACUGUCGCGAUCCUCUUCGAGCGGCACGAGCGCAGCUAGUGGAUGGAAGCAUGCGCCCCGUCCAAUAUCCAACGGUGUUAUCCCCUCGUCCAGUGGUCGGGAGAGUCCCUUGGGACAAACACCGCAAAUACAGUCGCAAGAGCCCUUGACGUCGAUAGAGGAUCCCAAACGGCUCGCGCCGCUUCGAAAGGCCCUCGUCAACUCCUUCGAGGAGGCCAACUAUGCGCUUAAAAAUGCCCUUCAAGAGCUCGAAGGCCUCGUCGAUGAAAAGGAGAUGGCACUGUUGAUGGAGAUGUACGAAAUUGGGUCAGGAUUGGAACCGGAUUCAGCAACGAUUGGUGCUAAUCUGUCGGCUCGCUCGGAGCCUUGGUCAGCACAAGGAACGGACUCAAUCCACAGCUGGGCUAGCACAAUGCCGACACCGCAUUCGAAGAGAGCUUCGAUUCUCCACGGUGCUUCGCCUUCAUCGCGCAUCAUUUCGAUGGAUGACUCGAUAACCGGCACGCCCCUCAAGCGGCUCUCGCUCAGAUCUGACGGAUCGAUCAGUAACGAGACACCCUCACGACGGGCGGAGAGCUUCAUGUCCGACAGCCUCGACAGCGCUUCGACGCCACUGAAUCAGACUGCUUCGACCACGCCAGGAAGGAGUUCCAGGCUCAGCUACAUCAGCGAGAAGCGCAACUCACAGUCGAGCAUCGCUGGCAGCAGCUCCAUCGUCAGCAAUGGUAACAACACUGGCUCCAAUCCCAACGAAACGGGCGCACUCAAGCGACUCAGCUACGUCUCGGCAUCGUCAGCUGGCGGUGGAGGCAGCGGCAUAAAAUCGAGCAGGCCCCUCUCUGGUUCGAGGCCACCGCCAUUGCAGAUCAGCCGCGCAUCAUCGCCCAGCGGCAGUGCUCUUUUCAGCAGCAGCAGCAUCAAAGGCCAGAGUCCCUCUGCACGUUUUAGCCUCGAAAGUCGAAGGCGUUUGAGCUUCGCCGGCAUGCCAAACGAGUCGGCUGCUGCUGCAGACCCUUACCGUCUGCUGUCGCUCAAAGCCGCGUUUGAGGCGACACAUCUGGUCCGCAAGAGGGCCUUGUGCUGCCUACUGGCCCUCGACUACUCGCUCAAACGUAAGAUCACCGUCGGCGAGAUCGGGGAGAUCAGCUCGUCCAAUUAUUGGGCCAUUGUCGAUCAGUCGAUUCAGAAGCUCUCCAUCAGACUGGAGUCGCUCGCCGAGGAGAUGCGAAAGCAGGUGCGCAUGGAGAUGUUUGAAAGUGAACACGAAGAAGGCACCGAAGGAGCUAAGAGGAAGCCGAACACGUUGUCGGGCGAGGCGCUCCUCAAACCCCCCGCUGACGGGCCCAGCGAGCUGACCGGGUUCGAAGAGCGCACAGAGGACAUGGCGUCUGCACUCCGCAGCGUCCAGGUCAAGCUGCGAGCGUGCGCCGAGGAGCUCAAGUUGCGCGCGCCCCCAACGCACCUGCACGGAACGAUGAGCGCGACGGACAAUUCCGCUUCCUCGGCCUCUUCGACGCCAGGCAAUGCGUCGCCUGUUGCAAAUGGCGUGAGCGCCAGUCGAGAACGGGCGAACCGAAUCUUUGAAGGCAUCAAGGAGGAUCUUCACUCGCUCAGCGCGUACUGGGAAGCAGCAGCCAAGAUCCUGCGUGACACCGAGAUGGCUCGCUCUAUCAGCCCGGCCAACUCCGACACAACGAAGCUCUACUCCCCCCAGGAAGCCGAAGAGGACGCGCUGCGAAGCUGGACGGCGGCUCGCCAAGGCUCCAAGUCGCCCUCUAGCUCCUCGGAAGGCGUAGAAGAGUCGGAGCCCUUGUCCUCAGGGUCAUUGCGAGGCAUGCCCGCAUCUUAUUUGGAGCUGGCCCUGUCUCAAGAACGUCAUGGCGGCCAACCGGACCUCUCCUCGUUGCUCGUCCAAGAGGCCACACCGGAGCACCUGCCACCACCUGGGAUGGAGAAGGUGUACGAGAGCAUGGCGAACGGCGGCUUUGCCUCGAUCGGCAAUCGACCUAAGCUGAGCAGGGAGGAGCGCAUUAGGCAGAUCAAAGAGCAGCGUGCCAGGGAAGGAUCCGAGGAGACUGUCCUGGCAGAGAAGGCAGCCGGGGAUCCGGCGGGUAUGAUCAAGGAGCUUCAGAGGGUCAUGCAGAAUCGUAGUGUCAAUCUUCAGCAGCAGCAGCGGCCUCCCCAGCCACCAGUCAAGAGCACCAGCGAUUUCCACCAGCUCGGCUCGCCACUUGAUUUGGGCAUCGUGGACGAGACUGGUCAAUUUCAGCUGCCUGUGCAGCAACGGCAACAGCAGCAGCAGCAGCAGCAGCCGCAACAGGCGAAUGGUAGGACAAGGUCGCCUCAGUCCCCAUCUCAACUUCCCUCGGCGGCCAAGCGGCGCAAUCGAGAGUCGACAGGACUGGACGGUCAAAUCCUCGACCGCGUUGACGAAGCCUUUGCAUUUUAGGGCAUCCCCAAGCUCUCACUACCCCUACGCGGGCGGAAGAGUCACCCCCAUUGUAUUUUUCUUUCUCUUUUCUCCUUUGGCUCGAUCUUUCUUUCAUCAUCACGCCUGCUACUUUUCAUGUACAGUGGCCUAAUGUCGAUGCU